UAUAAAAAAAAUCGCCAUUUUAGACCUUCCGAAGAAGGCCUUGCGCUCUUGAAAAGCCGCGUCAGUCAAUCAAACCCGUUGAAUUUCAAUACGUGCAGCUAUUUAAAUCGAUCGGAUAGAUCGAUUCUUGCAAUACCCAGAUCCCCGUUUUCGGAGAUUCGAAUAGAAUUUCCAGAAAUCUCUUGGCUUUGUGGAAGAAAAGAUAGAGAAAUCACAGACAAUGACGACUACGCCUUCCAAUCUUUCAAGAAUAGGCCUUGCUGGCCUUGCUGUCAUGGGCCAAAACCUCGCCCUCAACAUUGCUGAGAAAGGCUUCCCCAUCUCUGUCUACAACCGAACCACCUCGAAAGUUGACGAGACCGUUGAACGAGCCAAACAGGAAGGGAACCUCCCCCUGUUUGGCUUCCAUGAUCCCGAAUCCUUUGUGAACUCAAUCCAAAAACCGCGUGUCAUAAUCAUGCUUGUGAAGGCUGGUUCCCCUGUCGACCAGACCAUCAAAACACUCUCUGUCUACUUGGAGAAAGGUGACUGCAUUAUUGAUGGAGGCAACGAGUGGUAUGAAAACACAGAGAGGAGAGAAAAGGCCAUGGCCGAAUUGGGUCUUCUCUAUCUCGGUAUGGGAGUCUCUGGCGGUGAAGAAGGUGCCCGUCACGGGCCUUCUUUGAUGCCUGGAGGCUCCUUUGAGGCCUACAAGAACAUCGAAGAUAUCCUUCUCAAGGUGGCAGCUCAGGUUCCAGAUAGCGGCCCUUGUGUGACGUACAUUGGCAAAGGAGGAUCCGGUAAUUUUGUUAAGAUGGUCCACAAUGGGAUCGAAUAUGGUGAUAUGCAAUUGAUUUCGGAGGCUUAUGAUGUAUUGAAAUCGGUAGGGAAGCUUUCGAAUGAUGAGCUGCAUCGCGUUUUCGCAGAGUGGAACAAGGGAGAGCUUCUGAGCUUCUUGAUUGAGAUCACAGCUGAUAUUUUUGUAAUUAAGGAUGACAAGGCAGAUGGGUACUUGGUAGAUAAGGUCUUGGACAAGACGGGCAUGAAAGGUACUGGUAAGUGGACCGUUCAACAAGCUGCCGAUCUAUCUGUCGCAGCUCCAACAAUCGCAUCGUCUUUGGAUGCAAGAUUCCUUAGUGGGCUGAAGGACGAAAGGGUUGAAGCAGCUAAAAUUUUCAAGGACAGUUUCAAUGACGUUUUGAGUGAGCAGACCAUCGACAAGGAGAAGCUGAUCGAUGAUGUGAGGCAAGCUCUUUAUGCUUCGAAGAUUUGCAGCUAUGCGCAGGGGAUGAAUCUGAUCCGUGCGAAGAGCAUUGAGAAGGGAUGGGACCUCAAAUUGGGGGAACUCGCAAGGAUUUGGAAGGGUGGGUGCAUCAUUCGUGCGGUGUUCUUGGACCGGAUCAAGAAGGCGUAUGACAGGAACCCGGAGCUCUCAAACCUCCUUGUGGACCCAGAGUUUGCCAAGGAGAUUGUGGAUCGGCAGUCUGCUUGGCGCCGAGUCGUCUGCCUCGCCAUCAAUUCAGGCAUCAGCACUCCCGGCAUGUCAACGAGCCUGGCUUAUUUUGACACGUACAGGAGGGAAAGGCUGCCUGCUAAUCUGGUACAAGCACAGAGGGAUUAUUUUGGAGCUCAUACCUAUGAAAGGACUGAUGUGCCUGGAUCCUUCCACACUGAGUGGUUCAAGAUUGCCAACCAGUUGAUCAAAUGAGCUUCAACGGGUGAGCCUUCUACGUUCAAACAUUUGUAUUAAAUAAUGAUUGGAAUGCAACUGAAAGCUUGGAUAGCUACAUUGUAGUUGUUCGCUGAAGUUGUCCGUCUUGAAUGAGACCUUUAUGAAUUCCGUUGAAUCUACCUUAUGUUGUAGUUGUUCAUUUGCGGUUCUCGUUGCCCUUUGGAUUCUGUAUUUGAGGUUUCAGGCCUUCCUAUAUACAGCUUUUAUUUUCUAA